AUGAUCGCCGCAGACAAUGGGCUGGUCCUGGGCUAUCCCGGUGGUGCUGCUCGAAAGAUCAUUCGCUGGUCAUUCGAGAAACAGGGGCUCUAUCACCCGCUCAACAGGCCGAAUCCUGUUACAACAAGAGGACCCCCGCCAGCGGUCGACGUAUAUAUCAAUGAUGGCCGGGACGGCGAGUAUGACUACAUCUCCAAUUUCGGCGACGCACCUUGGGUCUGGAAUCGCCAUUCUCCAGACGGCGUCCCAGCUAAUCAGCCACCCGUUCCCGGCGCUACUAAUUACUGUUAUGUCGCCGUUAAGAAUCGCGGAAUCCAGGAUGUAGGUACCGCGCAGGUCCGCGUGGAUGUGGCUACUGUCCCAUCGCCGAUGUGGCCUGCGGACUUCGCAAUCGCUGGCAGCGUGCAGAAUAUCAAUGGACCUAUUCUUGCAAACAAAGGGAAUACUAUCACGGCUGGGCCUUUCCAAUGGAUUCCCGCCCCACCAGCAUUAGUUGAUAGAUAUACCUUACUAGCCUCUGUUAGUGCUACAGGGGACAUUGCAUCUACUGAUCAAACAAGUGGCUUGCAGUGUGCACUUGGACCAACAGAUAUCCAUAAUCUGGUUCCGUUUGACAAUAAUCUGGCGAUACGGCAUAUUUGGGCGUGA